CAACUGCAGAAGUGCGGGGGACCGUGUUCCAGGAGCGGCGGGCGGCGGCGGAGCGGGCGCGGGGGCGGCCUGGCUUGCAGUCGGCGGCUCGGGGAACGCAGCACGCGUGGAGCCGCGGCCUCUGAAAGACUAUUGCCCAGAAGAAAAGAUGUUUGGUUUUCACAAGCCAAAGAUGUACCGAAGUAUAGAGGGCUGCUGUAUUUGCAGAGCAAAGUCCUCUAGUUCUCGAUUCACUGACAGUAAACGUUAUGAAAAGGACUUCCAGAGCUGUUUUGGGUUGCAUGAGACUCGCUCAGGAGACAUCUGCAAUGCCUGUGUUCUGCUUGUGAAAAGAUGGAAGAAAUUACCGGCAGGAUCAAAAAAAAACUGGAAUCAUGUGGUAGAUGCAAGGGCAGGGCCCAGUCUAAAGACUACACUGAAACCAAAGAAAGUCAAAACUCUGUCUGGAAACAGGAUGAAAAGCACCCAGAUCAGUAAACUGCAGAAAGAAUUUAAACGUCACAAUUCUGAUGCUCACAGCACCACCUCAAGUGCCUCCCCUGCCCAGUCUCCCUGUUACAGUAACCAGUCAGAUGAUGGCUCCGACACAGAGAUGGCUUCUGGCUCUAACAGAACACCCGUGUUUUCCUUCCUAGACCUCACAUACUGGAAAAGACAGAAAAUUUGUUGUGGGAUUAUAUACAAAGGCCGAUUUGGGGAAGUGCUCAUCGACACACAUCUCUUCAAGCCUUGCUGCAGCAACAAGAAAGCAGCUGCGGAGAAACCAGAGGUGCAGGGGCCAGAACCUCUGCCCAGCCCCACUCAGGAGUGGUGACUGAGGUUUUAUAGAAGGGGAACAA